AUGGCUUCCCUGCGAGGCAUGCAGCAGCCUGAACUCUCAAAGAAACUCUACAAACUCAUUAAGACGGAAAACCACGCUAUCGGUGCCUACGAGACGGCAGGACGCGAACGCAUCGCCAUUGCCCAACAGCUCUCUGAAUGGGGAGAGGCUACCGGCGACGAUGCGGUGUCGGAGAUCUCGGACAAGCUGGGAGUCUUGAUGGCGGAAAUCGCCGAGCAGGAAGAUCUCUUCGCGCAAGCGUUGGAAGAUUACAGAGGCGUUCUGAAACAGAUCCGGAAUACUGAGAGCUCUGUUCAGCCUAGCCGAGACCAUAAAGCGAAGGUGUCAGAUGAGAUUGCCAAGCUCAAGUACAAGGAACCACAGAGCACUAAGAUUGUGCAACUCGAACAGGAGCUCGUCCGAGCGGAGGCCCAGAACUUGGUUGCAGAAGCGCAACUUACCAACAUUACCCGUCAAAAGUUCAAGGAAGCCUACGACAUCCACUUCGCCGCCACGAUUGAACGUGCGGAGAAACAGAUUAUCCUGGCUAAGCAAGCUCGCCGUAUCAUCAACCUGCUUGAUGACACUCCCAUCGUUCCAGGGGAUGCGCAUCCCAUCUUUGAAGGCAGCGAAGCCACCCGCCAAGUCCUUAAUGAUGCCGAAGAUGACCUCAGGAACUGGCAGCCUAAUCUUGAGCCCGUCCACUCCUCUGCCGGAUCGCUUGGUGUAGGUGCGAUGCCUGGAGGCGGACUGACUGGAAAUGGAAACGGAUAUGGAAGUGAAGCUGGGCAAGAUACCACCUUGCAAGAGCAUCCAGCCUACAGGGAGAAGGCGUCAAGGAGCAGGAGUGGCAGCGGCGAGAGGCGAAUUGCUAGUGGCGCCUCGUUGGGCUCAAAUGUUGGCGGAGAGGUGCGCCCACCAUACCCCAUGACCGAGGCAGAGAGAAGAGAGAUCGAGCAUGCGGGAGUCAUUUAA